AUGAAUUUCUUACAAACUGUAGCGGGAGUGAGAGAUUGUCACAGGGAGGAGGUGAUCGUGAAAUUACGGUUUCGGGCUUCACUGGAAGAUCUUGAAGGAUGGAUGAAAGACUGGGCAACGGAGAGCGUGAGGGAAGGGGUUAGGGAGCUGCUUGAGACAGGCUUCGCAGAUGGAGUGGCCACAAGUAAGGACGCGUGGGACGGCGGAAUCGGCAGCGUAUGGCUGCAGACAAACUGGGCACUCCGGUGGCUCCACCUUUUCCAUGGCGGAAAAUCUUGUACUCAGUUCAACGCCCAGUGUCUCUCUUGCACCGUCGUCCAAAAAUCAAGUUCAUUUCGUCUCAUGGCUGCACCUGGAAGUUCUAUGCUAUAUUCUUUUCUUCUGUUCGUUGCCACUCUUUCUCUACAAGAAAUGUAUAGAGCAAAGUUAGCAUCUUCGGAGUUAUUUACUAUUCUUGGAGGCUUCACCAGCUCUUUAAUAUUUCUCAUGUUGCUGACGUUCAUUGGAAAUUAUCAGGAAACAUGUGGUAUCAGGACUGGUUGGGGUGCUGUUAUACUUGCAGAAGCAGUUGCCCUUAUAGCUGCUAGCACUGUUCAUCGAGUUUGUAUCACAACCUGCUUUCUGUUUUCUGCUGGGAUAUUAUAUGAGAUCAGCAAACUUUCAGGAAUGAUGCUUUCCAAGAGUGAAUCGAAAAGUAAAAGGUAUUGA